AUGGGUUUAUUACAUGGGUCUAAAGGAUCAUUGGCAUGCUUAGCCAUGAUAGUGAUGGUGUUUUUUGAGCCAUCAAAAGGAGACAUAAACAAAGAUAAAGAGAUGUGUGAAAACCAACUUAUAAGGUUAGAAAGUUGUCUACCUUAUAUGGGCGGCGAAGCAGAGGAUCCAACUAAGGAUUGUUGUAGCGAUCUCAAGAUAGUCUUGAUCAAGAACAGGCAAUGUUUAUGCAUCAUGAUCAAGUAUUAUAAACGUAGCCUUGGGUUCAAGUUUAAUGACACACUUGCAUUAAGCCUACCAUAUUCUUGCAACACGUCUGCCAAUGUCUCCGAGUGUCUGAGUCUUUUGCAUUUGCAACCGGGCUCGACAGAUUCUAAAAUAGAUGAAGAGCAUGCUAAAAGCACAGAGAGCAAAAAGAAAACCAUAGCUUUACCAGUAAAAAACGGUGGAGGUGGUGGCGGUGAUAGCGGUGGUGGCGGGGGUGGUGGUUGUGCUAAUGGUGACAAAGGUGGUGAUGGUCGUGAUAGUUGUGAAGGUGGAGGUGGAGGUGGUGGUGGUGGUGGAGGAGGUGGUGGUGGUGGUGGCGGUGGCGGUGGCAACAGAGGUGGUGGUGGUGGGGGAGGAGGAGGUGGUGGUGGCAGUGGAGGCGGAGGUGGUGGUGGUGGUGGCAACGGAGGUGGUGGUGGUGGGGGAGGAGGAGGAGGUGGUGGCGGUAGCGGCGGAGGUGGCGGUGGUGGUGGCGGCGGAGGUGGUGGUGGUGGGGGAGGAGGAGGAGGAGGAGGAGGCGGCGGCGGCGGAGGAGGAGGAGGCGGCGGCGGCGGAGGUGGUGGUGGCGGCGGCAGCGGAGGUGGAGGUGGAGGUGGUGGUGGUGGUGACGGCAACGGCGGUGGCGGUGGCGGCGGGGGUGAUGGUAGAAAAACAAACAUCAGAUUAUGGUAA